AUGAGAAAUUGUUGUCUAUUAUUAUUCCUUAUUGGAACUUUACUUCUACCGAUUAACAAUGUUUUGGCCCUUCCAAUGCAAGCACGACAAGUUCCUACAACUGGAGAUGCUGCGGGCGGAACAUGGCAAAUCAUUGGAAACACGGGUGUCAACGCAAUGCACAUAUUUCUGUCAGCGCCCAACAAGAUUGUUUUAAUCGAUAAACUUCAAAACAACCAAAUUAAACAAGCAAAUGGUCAACCAGCUGUUUCAACUGAAUGGAAUCUUGAUACAAAUGAAAUUCGCAUACUUGAUGUCGCCUCUGAUACCUUUUGCUCAGCGGGCUCUUGGUUAGGAAACGGAACCAUGCUUCACACCGGAGGCGAUAACGGUAACAAAUUCCUUGCAGCCGGACAACAAACUUUACGAUUUUACGAUCCCGCAGUCGGUGAUUGGGUUGAGAUAAUCGGAUUAAUGACGUCAAAAAGAUGGUAUCCAACAAUGUUGUCUUUAGCGAAUGGAAAAGUUAUGAUAUUGGGAGGAUCUAUCAGUGGUACAGGUCUUAACAGAGCAGAGAUAAACAAUCCUACCUAUACAAUUUGGCCACCCACAGAUGGUGUAACACCAGAUCCCGAAGUUCAAUUCCAAUUCCUUAUUGAUACCCUCCCUUAUAAUCUUUACGUAAUGCUUCAUUUGGUACCAAACUCUGAGAACAAGAAUCUCAUAUUUGUACUUGCAAAUAAACAAAGCAUUUUGUACGAUUUAGACACAGCUACCAUUGUUAAAAACUACCCAGAAAUAGCGGUUCAACGUACUUAUCCUCAAACUGGUACUUCUUUAAUAUUACCCUUAUAUCCGGAAACUAAUUAUUUAACUGAAGUCAUGGUUUGUGGAGGUCAAAAAGAAUAUGAAAUCCUUUCAGCUGCUGAUGCUUCUUGUGGUAGGAUGGAUCUAAACGCCGCUGAACCUGUUUGGACAAUGGAUGAUUUUGGUGGUCUGCCUCGUGUUAUGCCUGAUUCGAACAUAUUGGUAAACGGUGAAAUUAUAUUCUUGAAUGGAGCCGGAACAGGCUAUGCUGGUUUUCGUAAGGGUGCAAAAACGAAUCCUUUAUGGUCUAAUAAUAAUCCCACAUAUAAUCCUGUACUUUAUAAUCCAACUACGAAAAUAUACACAAAAAUGAAUCCAUCAUCCAUUGCGAGGAUGUAUCAUUCUGUUGCUACUUUAAUUCCUGAUGGAAGUAUUUUCGUUGCUGGUAGCAAUCCACAGGGUAACGUUGCAACAGAUGUUCUAUAUCCAACAGAAUAUCGAGCUGAAAUUUUCAAUCCACCUUACCUUUUAACCGGUGCAUCACGUCCAUCGAUCGUCACAAUUGAUGGAUAUAUAGUAAAUCAAGGAAGAAUACCUAUCACUUAUGGAAAUACAGCAUCAAUAGUUGUUCAAUUACCUAAAUCUGAAAUUACAUCGUUCACAGCUGCCAUUAUACAUAAUGGUUUCGUAACUCAUUCACAACAUAUGGGACAAAGAUAUGUAGGCCUAGUUGUUAAAGAAGCUUAUACAGAUACUACCACUGCCGAUCAAUAUAUUUUAACCGUUGAAUUACCUCCAAAUCCAACUAUAAUCGCUCCUGGUCCAAGUUAUAUAUAUAUUUUAAAUAAUAAUUUCCCGUGUGUAAAAGGAGUAGAAGUUUUACUAAAUUAA